AUGCCAACCAUCAAACUACCGGAUGAACUAUUGGAUUAUGUCUUUGCAAGAUUACCUGUGAAGUCUGCUGUAGUGCUAACAUGUGUUUGCAAAUCUUUCAAGACUUUAAUUACCAGUUCUAGAUUCAUACACCUUCAUCGUGAAAGGAAUAUGAAAACUGCUUCCAAUUAUCUACUUGUCCGCAGUGCCGCCAGUACGGAGAUUGGUUCCAUGUCACGCAUUUGUGCUAGAACAUUUGCCGGGGAGUCGGACAUACAGCUUCUUGAGGAUGCAGAGAGGGAGUUUCGUUUUGAAUUACCUGUUUACGGAUCAUACGAUGGGUUGCUUUGCUUAUCCAGCAUGAAUCUGUUUGUAGAUACCCCUAUAUACUUGUGGAAUCCAUCAAUGAGAAAAGUCAGAAGACUUCCCCACGGCCUCAUCCCAAGCACCUCUGGUACUGUGCAUAAUCGCCAUGGGUAUCGAGUUACUCUCGGAUUCGGGUUCCACUUUGAUAUCGAUGGCGGGAAUGACUACAAGGUUAUAAAGUUUUUACGCCAUGCAACUGACUCUGGCAAUGCUUUUAAACUCGAGGUAUACAGUCUUAAUUUGAAUUCUUGGAAAACAGUAAGCAGAGUUCCCCAUGUUCCAAAAAAUGCUACAUUUCGCCCCAAAUGUGCAUGCUUGAAUGGAGUUGUGUAUUGGCUUCUAAAUGACGUCAGAUUUACCAUUGUUUCUUUUGAUAUGCGGCAUGAGUCAUUUCAAAUCAGGAGGUUUAGUUGUGACUUUUACCCAGUUAUGUAUCCAAACUGUAUGCAAGCGUUGAACAAUUCGCUUUCUUUGUUUCGUGUUAGACAUGUGGGGGAGAUGCGCUACCGUGACGUAUACAUUCUGAACAUGAAACAGAGCAGAUUGGAUCUAUCCAGGACUCUUCGUAUGGAAUGGACAUCUAUAGCAUGGUCACUGGGGUUCAACACAGGUGGCAGAGGGCAAGGCAUUGAUGUGAUUAUCAGGACUGAUACUCAAGUGCAAGACUUGUUUCAUUAA